AUGUCUUCUUCUUCAACUUUGAACGAUAAAAUCGAUAUCAAGGCGUCAUCUUCAAGUGAUGCCCCUCAUAAAAUAACUAAAUCUGGAAAUAAUGAUAAAAAUAUCCACAAUAUAAUUACUGAGUUUGAAACUAUAAGUGUUGAUGAAGCUUCAAAUUUAUUGCAAAUGCACAGAUCAAUGAGGUUACCGGAAUGUGCAGAUAUUUUCCCAUGGUUACAUGCAAAUGGAACAUCAAAUUUGUCGUUACCACCAAUAAUAAAUGAACGUUCUAAAUUCGUUACCAUGUUGAGAUCAUGUCCUAUACAUUCCAAGGAUUGGAUUGAUAAUUCUGGAUAUUUGAAAAAUUCGAUUGUUCCAUCUUCAUUAUUCAUUCCAUGGCAUGAUCAAACAAUUAAUAAAUAUCUUGAUAUUAAUAAUCAGGCCAAUAAACAUGAAAUAUGUUCAAUUUUGAGGAAUAUGUUCAUUGACGACUUACCUAGUCUGACUGCAAAAGAAAACAGUCAUUUAAUUGAUAAAUUCGUUAAAAUUGCACUGACAUUCAAAAUUCUACCAUUUUUGAAGACUGAUCUAUUAGCAAUGAGAAAAUAUUGUGAGAAAAAUGUCGGAUUUGGUUGUAAUAAUUCUUUAACGUCUUCUUCUAAUUGUAUGAAUCAGUCGGCAUCAUGGAAACAAGCUGGAACAUUUAGAAGGUUUGAUCUACAACCUGCAAGAAUUUUAGAAAUUUCCUCGAAUAUUAUUAUAUAUUGCUUUAAAUAUGAUGAAGUUAACAACUGUUUUACUCAUAUUGAUAAAUGUGAAAAUUGUUUUGAAAUGGGAUUGUUUAUUAAUUUUGCACUUCAUGCUAUGCAUAAAAAUUAUUCACAGAAUAAAAAUGAUAAUAUCUAUGAGUUAAAACGGCAACCAAAAAUCUCGAUUCUAAAUUAUAAUUCUUUGCUAGAUUUUACACCUGAAGAAUUACCAUCAUCAAUAUUGAGGAACCUACCAAUGAGUAAAGAUAUUCAUUCGAAAGAUAUCAUCAAAUCGUCAAAAUUAGGAAUAUUAUCACCCUUUGAAAUUGAAACUUUUAAUAAUUGGGAUAAAGAUAUAACAUAUCAUGAAAGAUUAGAAAUAUCAAGAGCUACAUCAACGACAUUUAUUAGUGAGAAACUUUGGUGUGGUAAUUUAACUGAUUUCCAAUUUUAUAAACAAUUAAUGGAUAACGAUAUCAGUAAUAUUCAUGAAUUUUAUCAUUCUCAGGAUGGAAUUUUAAAACGCUAUCCAUAUUAUUCACCCAAGAAUACAAUUGUAACAUUACCUAGAUUAUCUACAGAAAAUCUAUUAGAAAGUGAAUUGAAAAUUUUUAAUAUUCCAAAUUUCAAUAAUAUAGACAAUUCAAUACCAAUUUUUUUAUACAUUAAGUGUACAGAAAACUCAACAUUACCAAACAUUGAUAAACUAUGGAACAUCUUAAAAUAUGGAUUAACUAUUGUUAAAGAUUGUUUGUCUGCUGAGAAUACAAAUGCAGCUAUAAAGUUCAACAUUAUGUCAACUGAUAGUCCACUUAUCAAUAUAAAUGAUGAUUCUGGCGCGGGAGCAAACGAAACGCAAACUAAAAUGUACCCUGCAUAUCAAUUAAGUUUUCCAAGCUCAGGAUCAAUUACUUUAGGGAGUUUAAAUAUAAGUUCCAUCCAAUUGAUUUUAAACACAUGUUAUUUAAUUUAUCAAAUCUCACAAUUGAAACUUCCCAACAAUAAUAAUGCUAUUGAUUUCAAUACAUUUCUCUAUUGUAAAGAUGGAUAUACGGAGACAUCAUUAUUAUUAGUUGCUUACUUAAUAUUCCUUUGGGAUGUAUCAUUAGAGGAAACGUUAUUAAGAUUACAUUUGGAUAAAGAUAGACCAUUUUAUUUAUUUAGUGUUGAUUUACAAGUAUUAGCCCAUUUACAAACCAUCUUAAGGGAAUUCUCACCUAAACGAGAACAUAAUCGAAUAAAAUAUAAGACUCAAUUAGCUAAUUAUAUGAUAUCGAUUAAUGAGGAUUCAUUAAAUGAAGUCAAUAUGAGUCCGAAUAGAAUGAUGAUUGAAAUAAGUCAAGAAAUGUUUAGUAAUAUAUUCUUGAUUAAAAUUCCGACAAAAGUUUCUGAAUUGAUUAAAUUGAAUGGACCAUUACCAUCAAGGAUAUUAAAUCAUUUAUAUUUGGGAUCUUUAGAUCAUGCACAAAAUCCCGUACUAUUGAAGAAAUUGAAAAUCAAUUAUAUCGUUUCAGUUGGUGAGAAUUUAUCAUGGACUGAUAGUACUAAUAGGAAUAAUAAUAGUCAUUCGACCAUAAUUAAGAAACGACAACGUGGUAUUUCCACACCAAUUCGUCCUGGCAUUUAUCGAUAUGAUGAGACUAUGGAUAUAAACAGUUAUAGGAAAAGAGGAUCUACCAUACCAAAUGAACAGGAUUCAAUUGAUAAUGAAGAUGAUAUUAAACAUGAAGAUCGAAUUAUUGAAAUUGAUGGAUUUAAGAUUUUACAUAUUGAUAAUUUACAAGAUAAUGGUAAGGAUCCUUUAUUGACUCAAUUGAAUAAUAUUUUAGAAUUUAUUAAUGAAUGUUAUGAAAAUGAUGGUAAAGUGUUGAUUCAUUGCAUGGUUGGGGUUUCUAGAUCUGCAACUGUUUGUAUAGCAGAAUGUAUGAAACGAUUAAAUUGUAAUGUUUUGAAAGCAUAUCUUUUUGUUAGAAUGAGAAGAUUAAAUAUAAUAAUUCAACCGAAUUUGAUGUUUAUGUAUGAAUUAUUAAAAUGGCAAGAAUUACAAGGGGUUGCUAAAGAUGAUCCAAUAGAAUGGAAUAUUCUUUGUAAAUCAAUUGCAGAACUAAAUACUAAGUAUAUUUAA